CUGAGCAUGCACGGCUGCCGGCGCAUGUGCGGCUGAGGCAAAGGCUGCAGAGGACGGCGGGGCCCUGCGCCUCCCGGGCCGUGUUUGUAGGGUCAGGCUGGGAACGGAGCGCUCCGGCUGCCCAGGCAUGAUGGAGCAGCUGGGGAAGCGGUCGGGGCCGGCAGCUCGGCUGGACGCCAUCCUCCGACACCUCUCCCCGUGCCUGGGAGCGGCCCCUGCUCUUACAAGUGUUCCUACUUCAGCACAAGUUACUGCUGUUCAUCACCCAGGGAAGUUUCGCUAUACCCUGGACAACAAUGUCCUCACCACAGAACAAAGGCAGUUCUACGAAGACAAUGGGUAUCUGCUCAUUAAGAAGCUUGUUUCGGACGAAGACAUUGAGCGCUUCAGGAAGGAGUUUGUGAGAAUCUGUAAAAAAGAGGUGAAUCUACCAGGAGCUAUGAUUAUGAAAGACGAGUCCCUGAGAUCCCAGUAUGGUCAGUCUGAAAAAGUAGUCAAUAAAAUCCAGGACUUCCAGGAAGAUGAAGAGUUGUUCAGAUACUGUACUCUGCCGGAGGUCCUCAAAUAUGUUGAGUGCUUCACAGGGCCAAACAUCAUGGCAAUGCACACCAUGCUGAUAAAUAAACUUCCAGAUUCGGAUCAACAGACUUUUCUCCACCCCAUGCAUCAGGACUUGCACUAUUUCCCCUUCCGGCCUGCGGACCGCAUCGUGUGCUCCUGGACUGCCAUGGAGAGGGCCGACCUGGACAACGGCUGCCUGGUUGUGCAGCCGGGGACACACGAGCAGCCUCUGAAGCCUCAUGCCUACCCAAAGUGGGAGUAUAAAACCAACAAACUUUUCCAUGGGCUGCUUGAUGAGGAUGAGAAGAGUCCCAGGGUUCACCUUGUCAUGGAGAAGGGAGACACAGUGUUCUUCCAUCCCCUGCUUAUCCAUGGCUCUGGGAUAAACAAGACAUCGGGUUUUCGAAAGAGUAUAAGCUGUCACUUCGCCAGCUCAGAGUGCUACUACAUCGAUGUCAAGAACACGACUCAAGAGCACCUAGAGAAAGAGAUAGUAGAAGUGGCUUGCAAGAAAUACGACAUGAAUUCUGUGGAACUCAGGGAUAUUUGGAACUUCCGAGCACGUCUGGUGCAAGGGGAAAGAAUUAACCUGUAGAACAACCUCUGAAGAGCAGAACGGAAAACAAGUGCCUGAGGAUGAGCUUCUCUGAUCAGAGUGCAGACCCUGCCUUGGCAGGCAGAAUUAUGUGUGCUUUCUUGACCUCUGUAUUGGUAUUUUAGCCAAAUGCUGCAUAGCAAAAUCAUUUUAUGCUAAUACAAAAUAAUUGCACUGAGGUUGAACAGCUAAUGUACAACAAAGAAAACCUAACCUAGAAAAACAGAGAUUUGCUGUGGUUAUCUUAGACAAUCAAAGAUUAAGGUCUUGAAAGAGCAUCUUGAUUUUCUUGAUGUUUUAAUUCUUGUCUUUUAGAAGUUUCUCACAUGACGUACCUUUAGAAUGAUGGCAAGUAACAUAAGAUUUUAUGCAAGAAUUUAUGCAAGGGUAUGUU